AUGAUUAAUCCAACUUGGGGCUUGUGUAUUUUAUUAGUCAUUGCCUUGUCCAUUGUUGCCUUAUCCGUUGCCAUCUACAAUAUGUGUAAUGUAGAUCAUUGUAAUAAUCUUAUUUACUUCUACAUCUUGGCAUUCGUUCAGCUGGCUUUCUUGUUCUCUGAUUUGCUAUUACUGGUCCAGUAUUAACUGGCAAGUCAUUUUGUGGCCGACAAACUCCUAAUGAUGUUCUAAAAACUACAUUAUUGUCUAUUAUUGGUGUAGUGUCAUGGCUUUACUUUAAAUCCCGCAAACUUCCCUCUCAUAGUUCACAGUGUAGAGAGGCUAUGAAGGAGACAACAGCCGUAGGUACGGCUUUGGCUGAGAAGGUAAUCGUUCCUCAGGCUAGUGUGACUGGAAUGGAUUCUGAAAUUGCUGCAACAUUUGUAGCUGUAUCCGCUACAGUUGAUGCAGCUGUGGCGGCGGUUGAAGCAGUGGCUAUUGCUUUGGCAGUUAAUUGCAAUAAUAGAGCUGUGCUUAGGGGAAAUCCAACUGCUGGUCUUAUUUCUGAUGGAAGAGGCAACGAAACAUUUCGACUGAACCAUAACAUACAAGCUACAAUGCCUCUUUUCUAAGAGCCGAAGCGUUGCCUUCAGCAUUCCAUGAAACAUCGAGGCGG